CUUUGGUACUUCAGUUGGUAUUCACUAAUUUUUUCGCAUUUUAAAACACUAAAACCACUAUUUUUUUGUAAAUACUUCUGAAUACUAUUCAGUUUAUUGGUUUAUGAACUUGUGUCAAUGCGACAAUCAAUAAUUAGCUUUGUAAGGACUUCAUACAUUUUCUACAAUGGACAUCGACGUUAGUAAAGAGAAUAUUCAACCACUAAGAGGUGGUAGAAACUUUAUGCAAUUGGGUACUGCAUUGCAAGCACAAUCAGACGUUGAUGUUCAAAGACAGCUGCAAUUACAAAAGGAGGAACAUGAAGCAGCUAUUAGGCACUAUCAGGGCCCGGAUCCAUUGGAUCCAUGGUUUAACUAUAUCCAGUGGGUAGAGCAAUGCUAUCCAAAACAUGGUCAUGAGGGACAUAUUGAUAAGUUAAUAAAGGAUUGCCUGCAGAUAUUUGAAAAAGAUACCAGAUAUUUUCAAGAUAGAAGGCUUGUGAAGCUGUGGAUUAAGUAUGUGGAUUGUCUUUCUAAUCCUUUGGAGAUAUAUCAAAGGUUGUAUAAUACUGGAAUAGGAGUAGAAUGCUCUGAGUUCUAUCGUGCUUGGGCAUGUUAUUGUGAAGAGUCUGGAGACUAUAAGAAAGCUAAUCAAGUAUAUAUGCUUGGUUUGCAAGCUAAAGCUCAACCAUUGGAUGAACUUGAGCAGGCUCAUAUGAACUUCCAACUGUUCUUUGCUCAAAGAAUGCUUCAUGAUGACUCCCCAACGAAAAGGAAGGCAGCAUCAGCUUUAGCUGAAACUAGAAUGGCUCUAACAUCCUUGAAGUCAUUUAAAAGGCGUAAUAUUGCCAGUGUUCCUGUACAAAGAGUAGGAGAAAGUAUCCGAAGUGUACAUCCUGGUGUAGUAAGGCAGCAGCAGCAACACCUUAACAAGCCAAGUUCCAAUAUUAUAGUCAAUGUUUUUGAGGAUGCUCCAUCAACAUCACAUGCAUCACAUGGUAUUCCUGUGGCCGAAGAUGCUGGGCCUGCUUCAUUAGUGCAGGCUUGUAGUAAUCUUGAAAAUGAGAAGGAAGUUGGUAUCUGGACAAAUCCUAAAACCAAAAUGGUACAUACAAAUGUUGUACCACACCAGCCUUUACCCUUUACACCAUAUGAAGACGAAGAUGAUGUACUAAGGUUGCCUGAAAACCAUAUGGCGUAUUGUGCAGAUGAUUUAUCAUUUACUGUGCCUCUAUGUGUACCUGAUCCUCCAGAUACUACAAAAAUCCCAUGUUAUAACAAAUCACAGGUAUAUGUUAAUGAUCAAGAAUAUAGUUUAGAGGAAAUCAGAUCAAAAAAAUAUAAUUUAAUUAAAAAAGUUAAGACUGAAAAACCUGCAAAUGUAGAAGUGCCGCCACGUUAUGGCAGCAUAAAUGAAACUCUGGCUCAAUGCAGUGCAUUGGAAACCUUAGCAAAUUGUGCCCUAGACACUGAACAAGAUCAUUUAGGACAACUUAUGCCAUUAACAAUGCCUACUUUACAAAAUAUUACGAAAGUAACAAAUAUGCAUUCGCCGGGAGAGCCAAAAGUGUUGGUCAACUUAGAUUCUAAAGAAUUUAGUGAAUUAAGUGCAAAAAAGAAUGAUGAAAAUCAAAAACCAUCUCAUUAUGGUUCAGAUAAGGAAAAUCAAAUGGACAAACUUGCAAACACUAGCAACUAUGCUAAUGAAAAUAGUCCAGCUCCUUAUGUUAAAAAUAAUCUAAUGGAAGAAUUCAACAGAAGCUUAAUGGGUAAUCUCCUUGGAGAUUCUGUCACAGUUAACACUAAGGAAGCUCGAUGGGAGCUUAGAAACUUAUUUAAUGACAAUGAACCAUCUAUGGUACAGCCAGUAGUGCAACAGUUUGAAGUACCAAAUUUUGAUAUACAUGAAGAUAGAUCUAUGACAAUAGCUAUUAAUACAAAAAAGAAACAAGAAAUUGUUGAUGUGAGAACAUUACCAGAAGACAAAGAGAAUGCAAAUAAAUUUGCAGCACCUGUAAUUGCACCGCAAAAUGUUAACAAAACUGCCUUUUAUGAGGAGCCAUCAUGCACUCAAGUCUUCAAUUUCAACAUCAAAGAUGCUAGUACCCCAAACAUGUCUCAGUUUAAAAAGCCUACAAAUUGUGUAGACCCAUCUACCAAGUUUCCCUCUGUACCAAAAUUUUGUAUUGACGAGAGUGUUAUAGAACAUGCUGAUCCAGGUGUAGGUAAGAGGGAAGAGAGUUCUAGGCAACAUGCGACAGAUCAACAUGCUACGGUGGAAAAUCAAGGCGCGGGACUUUCAGUUAUUAUGGAAGCUACGCGGGAAUACAACAGUAAAUCUGGUUCCAGUUCAUCUGGCCAGUCAACAAGGACAAAUUUCACUGGAUACACUACAAAUUUUGAUUCAAUGUAUAAUAAUCCCAAUGAUCCAUCCCAACAACCUACUUCAUCCAAACGAAGUUCAUUAUCUACACAGCCAAGAAUGCCCAAUGGAACAUUUGCAAGGGUUUACCCCCAAAAGCGAGAGCAGCCAGAAAACAAACCGGUUGCACCGUCCACAUCAGUGCCUUAUCUUUCUCAUGAUCAUCAGUAUCAAAAACCGAUGCCUCCAAAUUACAAUGGAUACUCACCUCAAAGGUCUAUGCAUUCCCACUAUCAACAGAACUUUAGCUAUCAACAAGGUUAUACUGGUAAUCAAGUUAUGAAUCAACAACAGCAGCAGCAGCAACAGGGAUAUGCAAGUCCAAGCCCAAGUGCUUAUCACAGCCCACAACAUCCGGGUAUGCAAAGCCCUCAUGCUAUUAAUCAAGCAGUUCCUCCUGGUUUUCAAAGUCCUACUUAUUCAACUCAAGUAGGGUAUCAUAGUCCUGGACAUGUAAUGAUGAGUCCCCAACAACAGCAACAACAACAAUUUAGUGGACGUCAAGAAUAUCAAUAUUCUAGUCAAACAGAUAGGCAACAUAUUUAUGUGAAUCAGCAGCAACAACAGGCUGCAGCUGUUUUUCAAAGUCCUCCACAUCAAACCCAGUAUCAAAAUAAUCAAUAUUAUCAACGCACCAGUGCGGCAGCAACGAGUCCAAGUUAUAAUCAACAAAACUAUCUCAAUAUGCACAAUCAAUAUAAUAAUACUAAUAUGUAUUCAAAUGUCAAUUCCCAUACGAACAACCAAAGUUUUAAUGCUAUGCAAAGUCCUUAUAGACAGCCUCCUAAACAGGCGGUUGAAAGCACAUCUGGUUAUGGUGCCCAAAAUAAUCAGUCAUUUCAAGUCUACCAAAGUCCACAAUUAUCUCAAAAUAAUUAUCGUAAUGCACCACAUAGUACAAAUGUUCCUACAGAGAAUACAGAUUCUCAUAUCAGGCAAGAACCUCAUAUGAAUGCGUCAUUAAAACCACAAGAAAGAGACAUAAAAGAGCAAACUGCGACGAAUAAAGUCACAACUCAAUCGAAACCCGUAGCUCAUCAUAAAAAUCAGACUUCCGCUUUACGAACUAUUAGACAUGAUCAACCUAAUGUAAAGAUCGGCCAAAAUUCUCCUGAUAUUGGUUUCUCAAACCAAUUUCUUAAUUUUAUAUCUAAUAGAAAUGAACCUAAAGACAAUGCAAAUACCCCGAAAUUUUCAAAUAGCCCAAGUAUUUCUCAAAAAAUGCAUAAAAAUCUUUAUGUAUCAAGUCCUGAGCAAGCCCAAGUACCUCCAUCUUCCGGUCUUUCCGAUUCGGAUAGUAAAGACGGAAUGACGGCGCAAACAGUGAUGCCAAUACAAUCUGCUAAAAUAUCACACAGUGUUGAAAAACAAAAAGAUAUAUCUAAAAGACAAUUGGAUUUCGAACAUCGUGUUGAAAUUCAAUCAGAGGAUAGUAGAGACUCUGUUAGCAAAGAAAGCAGAAUUUCAUCUGUUUAUUCAAGGCAGUCUGAUUUCCAAUCUGAUGGUUAUGGAAUGGAUGUGGACAGUGAGAAUUCUAUGGAGUGUGGUGCAUUCAAAUCAACUCACUCUAUAUCUCUGGUGGAAACGAGUGACAUACCAAGACCUGCUGAUAUUGAUUUUCCAAAAGUAAUUGAUCCAUUCAAUAAAAAGAUUUUAAGCUCACUGCUAGAGUAUGUUAAAUUUCCCAAUAAAACUCACGCUGAUGGCUAUGUGGAAGUAAGGUCUGUUCCAAAACUACAACCUACUACUACGAUUAGCAUUGGAAAUAACAGAUUUUCCAUAGAAAAACAAUUAGGGAAAGGAAAUUAUGGUGCUGUGUUUCUUUGUCUUGAUAUCCACAGCAAUAAAACUGUGGCUGUUAAAUAUCAAAAGCCUAGUAGACCUUGGGAGUUUUAUAUUUGUCAAGAAAUAAAAGCUAGAAUAAAGGAUCCGUUUAUGCUUCCAGGAUACAUGGAUAUAACUACAGCAUUUUUAGGAGAUAAUGCUAGUUUAUUCGUAUCUGAAUACUCUAAGUAUGGAUCUCUUUUAGAUGUUGCAAACAAAGUAAGAGUUGCAACUUCGAAAUGUAUCAAUGAAUUUAUAGUAAUUCUAUUGACGUCUGAAAUGCUAUCUAUAGUUCACUACUUGCACAAGGCACAAAUCAUUCACGCGGAUAUUAAACCAGACAACUUUUUGUUAAUGAAGAUCCCUGCACAAGAAUGGCGAACACCAUCUUUGCAGCUGAUUGACUUGGGGUGUGCCAUAGACAUGUCCUUGUUCCCAGAAGGAACCACAUUUAAUGAAUUGAUUGCUACUGAAGGUUUCACAUGCACUGAGAUGCGAGAAGGGAAACCGUGGACAUAUCAAACUGAUUUGUAUUGCUUGGCUGGUACAAUACAUGUCAUUCUAAUGGGUAGCUACAUGAAAGUAGCCAAUCGUCUAGGUCAAUGGAAUAUAGACAAGAAAUUGCCCAGGUACAUGAAAGUUAGCUUAUGGGACAAGAUAUUCACAACACUACUAAAUGUUCCUGAUUGUAAUAACUUACCUGAUCUAAUGGAUCUCAAGAAUGAAGUAGAUAGCGUCUUGAGCGAAAUCGACAACCUUGGCUCUCAACUCCGUAACUUUGCUAAUGUGCUUAAAUCUAGAUAAAUGUGUGAAUGGUCCUGAUGUAUUUAUUGCAUUUAGAUUCUAUGGUGACUGUAAAAACAAGUACCUAACAUGUAUUAUUAUUAACAAUAUAAAUACAAAUUAUGUCCUAUAUUGAUGAAUCCUGAUCUAUCUCUAAGUUAAUUUUAUUGCUUUUUCAUUAUAAAGCAAUAACUAUAAGAUAUCAGAAUCUACAAUCUACUUUACAAUAUGCCUUGUUGUGUUUAGUUAAAAAUGUGAUAUUGUGAUUUUUAGUUCGUUUUAGUUUAGAACGAAAACAUGGCUUAGAUAUUAACUUGUUAGCUUAAUAAAUGUUGAAAGAUUAUUUAGGUUUCAUUUAUUUUUGUACAACCUAAUAAGACAUGCACAUCACCCAUUUCUUGUUUGAACUGUAAUUAUAAUUAAUAAACAAUUACCUGGUUGA